ACCUAGUGCGAUAACGAUACACGGCUACGCAAGCAGAAACAAGAACAACAACCUGGAAAAUAGGCAGAGAAAAUGUAUUAAAACCCCCAAAAAACCGAGAAAACCCCAUAAAAAUUGAACCCAACUAAGCAUUUGACGUCGCUCCCAACACAAGCAUGGCCUCCGCAACGGUAAGAAAUGUGCCGCUGCUCGACGAUGACACGAUACCCUUUGGCGAGGAGGACGAGAUGCGGGAUCCCAGUCGCGCGGGCCAGAAAUACACGCACCCCUACGUCACCUUCUUCCACCUGUUCUUCAGGGGCGCCGCCAUCGUGAUCUACAUGUUCUGCGGCUGGUUCAGCGACUCCUUCAUCACCAGCUUCGUGUUCGUGGUGCUCUUCCUGUCCGCCGACUUCUGGACGGUCAAGAACAUCUCGGGCAGACUGCUGGUGGGCCUGCGCUGGUGGAACUACGUCGACGACGACGGGGUCUCGCACUGGGUGUUCGAGUCGAAGAACUCUGAAUCCUACCAGAGUCGGAUCAACAAGCACGAGCAGCGCGUCUUCUGGCUGGGACUCAUCCUCUGCCCCGUCUUCUGGGGCCUCUUCUUCCUGAUGGCCCUGUUCGGCCUGAAGUUCAAGUGGCUGCUGCUGGUGAUGAUCGCCAUUGCGCUGAACGCCGCCAAUCUGUAUGGCUACAUCAAGUGCAACUACGGCGCCAGCCAGGAUCUGAACUCUGCCGCCACGGACUUCGUAAAGACGCAGCUCUUCAAGAACGCCAUGGACAUCAUGACCAGGCCCAGUGGUGCCCCGCCGCCAACCAAUGUGCGUCCCACGGGAGUCGUUUGAGCUGGAGGGGAGACUCCGGUUACUAAGUCACCUUGCCACCGUCUGCUGCAGCGCAUUCCAAAGAGUAUCUGACGCCUCUGCUGGCCCGGACCACAAAAACUUUGAACGGCAUCGCUGUCUGUGUGUAACAUAUGUAAAACUUAAUUUAGCCAUACCGCCAGUCUAUCAUAAUCAUUUCUUACUUUUACUUGGAUUAAAGGACCGCAUGUGCGUGCGACAUGCAACCC